CUGCAGGCUAUGCUGAGCUUCGGUAGGAUCCACCAUAAACCAUCAGCCUAGUCUAAGUCUGUAGAUGAGAGCCAGGAUGGAUGCUUGAACGCACGGCUUCAGCAGGUGUGUUUUGUGCAUGUCUCAGUGGUCCGUUCUUCAGCUGGUCGCUGUAUUCAGGACCGUCGCUACGGACUUUACGUAAGAUGUUGCGCUGGGUGCAGCAUCCGUCCCUCUCUACGGCCACGACGCGCACGAUCUGCCUGCAUACACUUAGAAAAAUGCGCCAGUAGGUCUGCGCGCCCCGUACCCCGGAUAAUCAAAUUACAUUCGAUUUUCACACUUUACGGCGAGCGAUCGCGUCGUUUUUGUUCCGGCGGUGGUAUGAUCUGUUAACUAUACAUUCACCGUUAUUCACCGUGUCGGCGCGCACCGACGCGCUCCGGAUCUCAGAGAGACGCCGAAUCAACGGGGGGAAGGAAAAAAAAAAAACCAUUGGAAGAAGAUCCGUCGAGGAGAAAGGAAAAGGUUUCCACAUGGUUACGGUGUGUGUGGUUCAUUAGAAGAGGAUCCGGACGAUGCGAUGGAUGCGUGAGAGGAGAACGUAAGCAAGGCCAGUGCUGACUGUGAUGAUUCUGAGCAGAAGACUCCCAUAGCAGCAUCCAGUGCUGUUGACAACUGUGUGGAUUACACUUUGAUGCCACAAGAUACCUGAUUCCACAAGUUAAUCGUAAAAAAAGAAAGGGGCAGGACAUGACUCAGUUGCCAUGCAGGCUGCUAUUGUAACAGGCUUUUUCAGCCCCUCCCCCCUCAUCUGGUUGGUCCAACUCUUGUUGUGGCCACACCUCCUUGGACCUAGAUUGGCCGCAGCCAGUCCCGCCUGCCCUGCUCCCUGUAGCUGUUCCAAUCAAGCCAGUAGAGUGAUCUGUACCAGAAAAGGCUUAAAUGAAGUUCCACAGAGUAUCUCGUCCAAUACUCGAUACCUCAACCUCCAGGAGAACUCCAUACAGGUGAUCAGGUCAGACACCUUCAAGCACCUAAAUCACCUGGAGAUCUUACAGUUGUCUAAGAACCAGAUUCGCCAGAUAGAAGUGGGAGCUUUCAAUGGCCUUCCCAAUCUUAUCACCCUGGAGCUUUUUGACAACAGACUACCACUGGUACCAUCACAGGCGUUCGAGUACCUGAGCAAGCUACGUGAACUCUGGCUAAGGAACAACCCCAUAGAGACACUCCCGGCAUAUGCCUUCCACCGCGUGCCGUCGCUGCGACGGCUAGACCUUGGCGAACUGCGCAAACUCAGUUUCAUCUCGGAGGCCGCUUUCGAAGGGUUGCUGAAUCUACGUUUCCUGAAUCUUGGCAUGUGCGGGCUUAAGGAUGUACCCAACUUGACGCCUCUCGUGAGGCUAGAGGAACUGGAGCUGUCUGGAAACCAGCUGGGAGUGGUGCGUCCUGGAUCUUUCCAAGGCCUGGUGGCUCUACGCAAACUAUGGCUCAUGCACUCUCGGAUCUCCGUCAUUGAGAGGAAUGCCUUCGAUGACCUCAAGAACCUGGAGGAGCUCAAUCUGUCUCACAACUCUCUGCAUUCGCUGCCCCACGAUCUCUUCACUCCACUGCAGCAGUUAGAGCGUGUCCAUCUGAACCACAACCCUUGGGUUUGCAACUGCGACGUUCUGUGGCUGAGCUGGUGGCUUAAAGAAACCGUGCCUGAUAACUCCACUUGUUGUGCCCGUUGCCAUGCCCCACCUGGUACUAAAGGCAGGUACAUUGGUGAUCUUGACCAGCGAGACUUCACGUGCUACGCACCUGUGAUUGUGGAGCCACCCACUGACCUGAACGUGACGGAGGGAAUGGCAGCGGAGCUGAAAUGCCGCACUGGGACAUCCAUGACUUCUGUUAACUGGUUGACCCCCAAUGGAACCUUGAUGACGCAUGGAGCGUACAAGGUUCGGAUCUCGGUCCUGCAUGAUGGAACCCUGAAUUUCACCAACGUGACCAUGCAAGACACCGGACCCUACACCUGUAUGGUCACCAACUCUGCUGGCAACACCACAGCGACUGCUGUGUUAAACGUCUCUGCAUCUGACCCAGGCAAUGGCUACAGCUACUUCACAACUGUUACUGUUGAGACCGUAGAGACUGGGCAAGAUGGCCACGAUUCGGCACGGCAGUUCGUCAACGAGACGUUUAUCAGUUUUCCAGGCCCGACGGCUGCAUCUGCAUCGGCAGGUCCAACUGGCUCGAUGCUGUCCUCCUUGUCGCCUCGAGCCACUCGUGCACCCGAUCGCCCUUUCACGGUCUCCAUCACAGACGUCGCCAACGUGACGGGCAUUGAAGGCGUAAUGAAGACGACCAAGAUCAUCAUCGGCUGCUUUGUGGCCAUCACCUUCAUGGCGGCCGUGAUGCUGGUCGUCUUCUACAAGCUUCGCAAGCAGCACCAACUGCACAAACACCACGGCCCGGCACGUGCCAUAGAGAUCAUCAACGUCGAGGAUGAGAUCGGAUCUGCCGGUGGAGCUAGCGGCAUCACGGGAGGGAGCACCGUCCACACAGGAGCAGGUUCCAUUGUAGGAAGCGGACAGAGUCCAAGGAAUCAUGACCCUGAGAUCAUGACUCUGCCGAGCGUUGGGCAAGUGGACCACCUUAACCACUACUAUAAAUCGCAUCACUUUAACAACAACGUGCUAGGCUUGAACAUGGCCUCUGGAAUGCUUAACAACAAACCCAACCCGUCCUCCCAAAACCAGGCUUCGACCAUGAAAAUGGGGACUUCCGGUGACCCCUCCAACCCUGGCUCAACCUCACCUCCUCUGCCAAUUCCCAUCCCAAUGGCGAUGACCUUCCAUGGAACUCUGAAAGGCCUUAGUCACGUUCCCAACAUGCAGACUGAGCCCCUGUUGCUAUCGAAUGGCUCCAAGGAGAGCGUUCAGGAGACCCAGAUCUGAUUACCCUCGCAUACACGUGCAUACGCAGAAAGGGAAGUAGACUGGUUUUCACGCCAGUGUGACUGUCGAGUCUCUGCGGUCUUUGACUUUUGGAACUCCGUCCCUUUCCGACAGAUUCUAUGGAAUAUUCCGUUCGCUGAACAGAGAGACAGGCUUUUACUGAAGAAGUGGACAUGGCGCUGUUGAGUACAUACGUGCCAAAGCAAGCGUCUUUUUUGCAGUUCUUAUGAGUUGUGUCCACGUAUAAAAAAAUAUAGUCUAUAUUAAAGUAGUGUAAUUACUUAAGUGUUGGUUUGCCACAGUCCAGCGACACCGAGUACACACACUGAUGUACAGCAGCUAACAGACCUGUAUAAAAGCAUACACACAUUUACACUUCCCGGAGGUUGACAUCAUUAUUCAUCAUACUCACCUCGGUAGGUAGUGUACCUGUGUGUGUGUGUGUGUGUGUGUGUGUAUGUGAGUGUGUGUGUAAGGGACGGUAUUAACUGAGACUAAUUCAAAAAUAAAGACUUAAACUGCUGUGAUCCAGAACACAUGCUCAUGUUCACUCUGCGUCAUGAUGACAUUCUGAAUCUAGCACAAGUGAGGAUCAGUUCAUAAGCUCAGAAAUCUGAACUCUAAAAGACACCAGUUUCAGGGUGACAUACACUUUCAUCGUACCUAGAGGAGAGGGCAGAGGGAAGAAGCCUUUCCAUGUGAACAAUAAGAGUACUUGGCUGCUGUCCUCAGCAAAGGUACCACAGUACCGGCUGCCGUAGUGCAAACUCUCUGUGCAUAUCUGCGUUCGAAGAGAUCUUGAGUGUCAUAUGUUUGUCUUAACGCCUGAAUUGAAGAGUAACAGCAGUGUGUAAGGGCUAUUUCACUGGCAUUCGAUGUGUGCAGAACGUGUCUGGACUUAAAGUCAACAUGAAACGCAACAUUUAACUUCUGUAGUAUGAGGAUGUUCAAUGGACGCAGGGCGGGACUUGACUCUAUUCUUCAGGAAUUGAUUGGAUCGUGAAAAGCAGUCGAGAGGGAUUGUCACAGUAGCUGAGCCGGAAAAUCAUUUCAGAGGUGGAGCAGGUUACAUUUUGAUAAAAGAUUCCGAAGAUAUUUUUUUUUUACUCGGCAUAACGUGCACAGAUGACUCGUGCACAAUACGGAAUGUGUGUUAACGUAAACGGCGUCCAUUUUGAGUUCAUGUUGACUUUAAAAUAAGCUGUAUUAAAGCUUUGACAUACACUGGGAAACGCAGCACAGGGGAUUUCGCUGACAUGAAAAAUUUUAGAUUUUUAACAGAGAGAGAAUGAAAGACAUUGUGAAAAUGUCCAGAUUUUUCUGAUGAAAGAUUUUGCAAUAUGACAUGUAAUCUAAUGUAAAGAUUUUCAAGUAUACUGUUUAUAGACCAAAUCGCUGGGUUUGGGAAUCAGGGUUCAGGGAAUGGGAAUAAUACCGCUCUUGAGCCGCUUAAAAUUUAACGUUAGCCAUCCAUUUGGGGGGAAACUUGUAUGCCUCACUUUCAGAGAGUAUUUUCUUUGAAGAGAUUCGCGGACUGACAGGUCCUUCGUGGGAGCCAUACGACAACUGCUGACUACAUAAAGCGUUCUAUUCAUCCUUGAAUGGCUUUGAAGUUGUAUAAUAACAAUGUGCAAUGUGCCAUUAAUUGGAGUAGAGUACACAUGCGUGUAUUAUUGUAAUUGCUGCAUUAAACUUUAUUCGGUUUUUUAAUUUCCAAUUCAUCAUCUUUUAUCAGAUUGUUGGUGUUAAAAUUGAUUCGUCCUUUUUUUAAAUGCUGGGAACUUUCUUAAAUCAAACCGGGCAGUUGUUUUCUGCAUUCAUUCAGUGAUUGAGGACACAAGUGCUAUACAUAGUUUACCAUUAUAUCCCACCAGUCCUUCAAAUGUCUCCCUGCUAGUCUUCAUAAUGGAAACACAGGGCAAAUAUAUAUAUUUUUUCUGCUGCUUUCAUUGCUUUACAUAUUUCUCCCUACAGUAUGAAGGCUGAUUGUGUUUGAAUAUCCAGUGGAGUUGCUUAGCAACAACAUCAUUGCCAGGAAAUGCUCUUAAAAGCUUAUUGUAGCACCUGACCCUAUCUGCUGAUGCGGAACAUAGGUAGAUCAAAAUUACGUCAGUAUCACAUAAGUAAAAGGUUAGUUAAUGUGAGGAACGCAUCCUCCGUGCCUCGCUUUGUGUCCUCGACGCCAGAAAAGACAGAAACGUGCAAAUUUUGAGGUGUGCGUUUUUGCAUUCAUCUCGGAUCCAGAUCUAUUUAACGUUAGCAAACUAAACGAUUUUGGCAAAACACGCGUAUAAUUUCAAAGCUUCAUGAAACAAGCCUUGAUUUGCUGCAUGAAGAAGAUUUUCAUUCUUAAAGUAUUUCAUUGGACAUGAAACUGAGCGCAUCGGUUUAUUUUCCUGAAAGAGAACAACUGAAGUUUUUUAAAUGCACAUGUAUCUGAUCAUUUUGGAGAUUUUUUCUUCUUUUUUUUAAUUUUUUUUAUAAGUACACCAGCAUAUAGCAAACAUACAUCGACUAAAAGCCACAAAUGGAGUCUUUGCUUGAGUCAGACUCGCAUUUGAGCCUUUCCAUACCUCUUUUUCUAUUAUAUGAGUAAACUUGUGAAACGUCAAACGGCCAAAUGCUUACCUGCCCAAGAUCAUGAGGCGGUGAAUCAGUCAGCGUUCAGAUGUGUGUCGUCCCGUAGCAGGUUGUUCUUCUCAUCUAUGCAUCCUCUCUGCGGCCAGCAAAAUCACAUUACCCUUACGGCUACUGAGAGACAAUUCAUCUAAACCUUUCCCCAUUUUCGAAAGCUGCUCUAAGCUGAUUUCACUGGUUGUGAGACGAAGACACUGGGGCUGAGACCCGUGUUGAAGCUGUUUCUGAAUCAGCACAGAAAGAUUGUAUUAUGACUAUUAAAUGAAGCGGUAUCAUCACUGUAGACUCUUAAUGUGGUGGGUCUCUCGCUCUCCGUCUCUCUGUCUCGAUCACCUUCUCACAUUGACCAUGUGUUCAUGUAUUGCCAUGUAUAUAAUCUAAAGAUGUAAAUAUUCUCUAUUUUUUGACUUACCAUUAGCAGAACACGUGUUCUUCAGGAUUUGAAACAGAACGAAGCUUUUUGGAACUAUCUGCAUUUCUCUUUCCCUCUAUUUAUGUGUGAAUCUCAUGAAAACGGGCCACUUUAAAAAUAAUCCCACAGAAAAAUAAUCCCGGUUUUUGAAGCAUUAAGUUGUUGUUUUUUUAUCUUUGUGACAUUUCAUUUUAUGAUAAAGCUAAUUUUACAGCUAGUGCUUUAUGGAUAUUUUUUUUUUUUAUUUUUGUAAUUUUCAAAUUGUAUUGCAGAUUCUCCUUUCUGUGUAUAGUACAAAAAGUAAUAUAAAUAAAUUAGCAUUAGAGUACAUAGAGCAUUUUUAUUUUACAAUUUUGAAAAGGAUUUUCUCUUGCAGUUUUAUUCUGAUGAAAUGUCACCGCUGAUGAAAAAACGAAAAACAGGCAGAAUAAUACAAUUUUGUGCUGAAACUUAACCAGUUUUUGGCCAUUUUUUUGAGAUUCACUCGUAUGUUUCUCUGUAUCUCUAUCUUUACAACAACACACUCCUCAAAAAAAAAAAAAAAAAAAAAAAAAAAAAUCAUCUUUUUGCAUUAAAAAAAUAAACUGAAACAGUACCUGGAAGCAGGCUCUGUUCCAUUAAGAUCUGUUCUUCAUCAGUUUAGCUAUUUAUUUGUACUGAGUAUUUUUAGUUUAUUUGCUUUCUUUUCUCUGUUGAUACUGUGUGGUUCGGCUGUGGAGAGCUAGUUGAUUGGCCAGCAGUUCCGGGUCAAAGGUUGUGGCAAAUGCUUAACUGUGCGUGUGAGCCUCUGCACUAUGCCAUUCGCUACACAGAUGCUCUUUAUCAAUAAAAAAUUGUCAUUUUUGGCUUUAGAACUCUGA